UUUCAGCUCAUUAACCAAAUCAAAAAAGAAGCAAGAAUAUUUUUGAAAGAAUCAUAGAAUAAAAAUAAUUCAAAUCUAUCAAAAAUCACAAAGAUUCAAAUAGUUGGUUCUGCUAUCUUGUGCUCCCCAUCUGCAAAAAAGAAUUCCUUGAACUAUCCCACCAACCUGACCCAAAAUCCCCUUAUCUUUUCCUAUCAACACCCCUUCUUUCUCUCUCCUAUUUUCAUUUUAUAUUAUAAUAUAUUAUUUUAUUUUAUUUUAAUUUUGGGUGCAAUUAAUAUAGUCUCCCUCUCAAUAUUUAUAUACAUCACUUCAACACUAGUUGGCCUUCUCUAUAUAAAUAUCACCUCUUCAACUCUCUUUUCUCUAGUUUAUAAACUUUGUCAAUAAAAAAAAAAUAAUUCAUCAAAAAAUUAUAUAUAUCAUCAAAGAAAAGCCAAUUUUUCGCCGUCUAGCAACUUCUUGUUCAAUCAAAGAUAACAUCAUCAUUCAAGGAAAAACAAUACAAUUUGAAAAGUGAAUUUGUUAAUGCCGUUGUUGAUAAGAAAAAAGAUCAGAAGAACAAUUCAAGCUCAUCUUUUCAUAAUUCAUCCAAAUCAUUAAAGUUGCAAUAAACUUUAAAUCUUAAAAAUAAAAAUCCAAUGGAUGGUUGUACAAGUAUGGCUCAAUGGAGCAACAUUUACCAUCAACAAUGCGGUAUCGAAACAUCGAGAUCGAUUUCAACUUUGAUCUUAGAUCCGAUCCAUGAAGAGCUUCAUCAAGAAGAGAAUGAUGGUCAAGGAAUAAUAAUCCCUUGGAAUAAUGAAGGUGCACCAAGAAAUAAUCAGAUGUGCUCUUCUCUUCCUAUGAUUAUUAGUCCUUUUUCGAAUAACAUCAUUCAUCAAUCUCAACCGUUCGAUAAAUCGACUAAUAAUAAGGGUACUUCAUCAGCUAAUAACUCUUUUGAUCAACAAUCCUUUGAGUGUUUAUUAUCAGGUACUAAUAGUAAUACUGAUACUUCAGUUGAAGAUGAUGGUAUUUCUAUUAUUUUUUCGGAUUGUCGAAAUUUCUUCAACUUUAAUAAUUCCAACAAUGGUGAAAAUCAAAAUGAUAAUGAGCCUAAGAAGAGGGGGAAUAAUAUUGAACAAGAUUUCCAAGGUGAUCCUCAGGAGUUUCCUCCAUUCAGGAUCACCCAGGAAAAUUCUUGUUCCCCAAGUUUGCGACCCAGUAAGAGACAGAAGAACAACAACAACAGUAACAACAACGACAACAACAACAACAAUAACAACAACGACAACAACAACAAUGUUGAGAAGUAUGGGUCAGGCCGACAUAAGGGCUCAUCGAACAUAAGCUUCCAACAAGGAAGUUCAUCGGGUUCCUCAAUCGAGGAACCCGAUGCAGAAGCAAUUCAACAGAUGAAAGAGAUGAUAUACAGGGCGGCCGCCUUUAGGCCGGUGAAUUUCGGGGUGGAUUUGGUGGAGAGGCCUAAGAGGAAGAAUGUAAGGAUAUCAAGUGAUCCACAAACCGUCGCGGCGAGGCAAAGGAGGGAGAGGAUUAGUGAGAGGCUAAGAGUGUUGCAAAAGCUAGUGCCUGGUGGUAGUAAGAUGGAUACUGCCUCGAUGCUUGAUGAAGCUGCUAAUUAUCUCAAGUUUCUUAGGAACCAAGUCAAAGCCUUAGAAACUUUAGGUAAUAAUAAUAGUAAUAGUAGUAAUAAUAAGGUGGAUAAUCAUUAUCAUUAUUCUCCUAAUACUUCUACUAAUCAUCUUUUUCCUUCAAUUAACCUACAAUUUUCAUCCAUGUCAUUUCCCAUGCAGUUACCCACAAAUAAUUCUACUAUUUUUAACCCUCAAUUUUCACUACAAAAGCCUAAUCAUCUUCAUGUACUUCCCAAAAGUUGAUCUACUUUUAAUUAUUGAAAAACCCAAGAAAAAAAAAAUCAAGGGAAAUGACCAAUUUAACCCUACAUCAUAUCCCCAUAAUUUCAUGAUUAUUGUCAUCAUUGAUAUUAUAGUCAUCAUCAUUGCUCCCUCUGUUACAUCUUAGUGAUAAGGAGGAAAUCAACAUCAAAAACAGGUGAACAUUUUUGAAAUUUUACCUACAAUUUUUGGGGGGUAUUUUAGUAAUUUGUAGUGGUGGGAUGAAAUUGUUAUUAUUAUUUUUAGUUAUUAGUGAAGUUAUUAAAGUAGUGACCUUUUUCAAUUGAUCUGUGAAAAGUUGAAGUAAUUAUAGCACAUAUGAUUAUGAAAAAGGGGAGGUCAGAAAAGUGAUUAUGACCCUUUAUGUAAUCUUUUUACCAAUUAUAUGAGU